AUGCUGUCGCCUUUGCUUCUUGCUGCCUUCGGACAGGCUGGCAUCGCCGGGGCCCUGUCUUCCAACCGCUUCGGCGUGCCCGGCGUGAACCGCACCUUCGACUACGUGAUAGUCGGCGGCGGAACGGCGGGAGCGACUGUCGCAGCCCGCCUUGCUGCAGACCCUCGGCGUUUUUCCGUCGCUCUGGUCGAAGCCGGCAGCUUCUGGGACAACGGCAACCUCACCGACGUGCCUGGCUACAACGGCUGGUCCACACACGUCGACCAGGAGCGUCCGUCAUUGAACGAAUGGGACUUUGAGACGACGCCGCAGCCGGGUUACAAUGGCAGGACGAUGCACUACUCGCAGGGCCGCACUCUCGGCGGCACCUCGGCCAUCAACACGCUUGGUUACCACCGCCCGUCGGCCGGGUCGCUGCAGAUGUGGGCAGACGCGGUUGGCGAUCAGAGCUGGACCUGGGACAAGGUGCUGCCCUUCUACCAGAAGUGCUGCACCCUAUCCGGCCCGGACCUCGACCGGCUCGGGCCCGACGGCGCCGCCGCGAUCCCCGACGAGUCGCGCGCCUUCGCGCCGGCGGGCUCGGGCGGCGGCGGUCCUCUGAACGUCUCGUACGGCGGCUACCGGGGCGAGUACGCGGCCGCCGUGGCCGCGGGCCUGGACCGCCUGGGCCUGAAGCGGCUCCCGGGCCUCAACACGGGCGAGCUGCUGGGCCACGCGCCCAUCACCGUCACGGUGGACCCGCGGACCAUGACCAGGGUGUCGUCGGCGGCUUUUCUGCACGCCGUCGAUGCAGAUGCGCGGCUCACCAUAUACCACUCCACCCUGGCCGAGAAGGUCGUGUUCGAUGCCGACAAGCGCGCCAGCGGCGUCGAGGUCAAGGUGACGGGCCAGCGAGACUAUCGCUUCACCUUGUCAGCGUCGAGAGAAGUCGUCGUGUCGGGCGGGGUGUUCAAGUCGCCGCAGCUGCUGAUGCUGUCGGGAGUCGGCCCCGCCGACGUCCUGACCAAGUUUGACAUACCCAAAGUCUCCGUGUUGGAGGGGGUUGGUCAGAACUUGUGGGAUCAACCGUACUUUCGCCUCUCGUAUCAGGUGAACGUCACGACCAUGACACAGCUCGAGCGGCCAGAGUACUUCAACGCCGUCUCAGAAGAGUAUCUGUCCACCCGCACCGGCCCUCUGACCUCCAUCAAGGCCGGCGAGACAAUCGGAUGGGAAAAGAUCCCCGAGCCCUACCGCUCGCGCCUCAGCCCCUCGACCCGCGCCCACCUAUCCACCUUCGCGCCCGACUUCCCCGAGACCGAGCUCCUCCCCUUCAACGCCGGCGAGCACCCCGCCAUCGACAACAACGACGACGACGACGACGACGACGACCGUCUCUCGUCCAACAACUGGAUCACCCUCGCCGUGGGCAUUCUAACGCCCAAGUCGCGCGGCAACGUCACGCUGACGACGCCGACGACGGUCGCCGUCAACCCCAACUGGCUCUCGGCGCCCGAGGACGAGGAGCAGGCGGUGCAGGCGGUGCUGCGCGCGCGCGAGUGGGCCGCGAGCCUCCCCGACGGCGUCGUCGUCGCCGAGUACGCGCCCGGCCCGGGCGUCGCGAGCGAUCGGCCGGACGACGUCGCGCGCUGGCUGCGCGAGGCGGGCGCGUUGGUGUUCCAUGGGAGCUCGACUUGUGCGAUGGGCAAGCCCGACGACCCGAUGGCCGUGCUAGACUCGGCCGCCCGAGUCUACGGCGUGCGUGGGCUGCGCGUCGUGGAUGCGAGCGCGUUGCCCUUCUUGGUGCCGGGGCAUCCGAUGGCUACUGUUUACAUGGUUGCCGAAAAGAUAGCUGCUGCGAUUUUGAGCGAUGCCGAGCACGAGGUAGGGCAGGAUGCACCUAUUUCAGGUCGUACAGAAUUGUAG